AUGACGGCGGUAUUCACGAACUGCGCAUGCUCUCGUUGCCAGUUCGUUCAAAUAGAGACAAGAUGGCGGCAGCAACAAUGAUGCCGUACUUCGGACAGAAAGUUUCUUCUAAUAGCGACCUGGUCCCGGACUGGACCAGCCAGGAAGUCAGCACCGGGACCACCAUCAUGGCGGUGGAGUAUGACGGAGGAGUGGUGAUCGGUGCUGACUCUCGCACCACGACCGGGGCUUACAUCGCCAACAGAGUGACGGACAAGCUGACCCCGAUCCACGACCGGAUCUUCUGCUGCAGGUCCGGAUCAGCUGCUGACACUCAGGCCAUCGCUGAUGUGGUCACCUACCAGCUGGGCUUUCACAGCAUCGAGCUGGACGAGCCCCCGUUGGUGGAGACGGCCGCCAAUCUGUUCAAGGCCAGCUGCUACCGCUACCGAGAGGAGCUGACGGCUGGGAUACUGGUGGCAGGCUGGGACCGCAGGAAGGGGGGGCAGGUGUACUGCGUUCCUAUUGGUGGGAUGCUGGUGAGGCAGCCGGUGUCGGUGGGCGGCAGCGGCAGCACCUACAUCUACGGCUUCAUGGACUCCAACUACAAACCAGGACUGAGCAAAGACCAGUGUCUGGAGCUCACUGCUGCAGCUCUGUCUCUGGCGAUGGAGAGAGACGGCUCCAGCGGCGGUGUGGUCAGACUGGCGAGCAUCUCAGAGGAGGGAGUGGAGCGACGGGUCAUACUGGGAAACCAGCUGCCGAAAUUCUCCACACACUGAACACACACACACUGAACACACACACACACACACACGCACACACACUGAACACACACACACACACACGUCCAUUUUGUUGUGUUAAUAAAGGUUUCAGUCUGUC